AUGUCGACUCGAAGACCUACACACGCCGGUUCCUGGUACGAAGAUGAUAGUACCACGCUAAAGGCCGAGCUAGAUGGCUGGCUCGAUGCUGUCCCUAACGAGAUCGACAAGCUGGGUGCUCUGCCCAUACCAGGAGCAAGAAUCAUUAUUGGACCUCACGCGGGCUAUGCAUAUUCAGGACCAUGUGCUGCCUGGGCUUAUAAAGCUCUCGACUUAUCCAAAGCCAAGCGCAUCUUCUUGCUCGGCCCCUCUCAUCACCACCCUCUUGCAACAAUCGCUCUCCCCGAAGUCACCUCAUACGCGACACCACUAUCAGACGAACCGUUACCUCUCGACACCGAAAUAAUCAAUAAAAUCCGCACUGCCUCAUCCGCAUUUGAAACCAUGUCCCGCCGCGUCGAUGAGCGAGAGCACAGCAUGGAGCUACAUCUGCCGUACAUACAUCGUAAACUACAACUUACUUUCCCGGGACGACCAGCCUCGGAGUAUCCGCCCCUCGUUCCGAUUAUGGUAGGAAGCACCAAUGCCGAGACGGAGCGUGCUGUUGGCGCAUUACUUGCUACCUAUCUGGCCGAUCCGUCAAAUGCAUUUGUUAUCAGCUCCGAUUUCUGUCACUGGGGUCAGCGAUUCGGGUAUACGUAUUAUGUGCGUGAUGCACCACAACAAAAGCCGCCGUUGCCGUUGUCGUUCGAUAGCCUGCCGCAACCACCGACCACCGUCUCCGCAGCCGAGGACACCCUGCAAAAGGUGCCAGGCCGUUCGUUACGCAGGAACAGCGAGCUUCACGCAGAGAUUUAUGAUAGUAUCUCAGCAGUAGAUAUUGCGACUAUGAAAGCAAUCACAACGGGAAACGCAAGCCAGUUUCUGAAAUCGCUCAGGACUACGGGAAACACAGUCUGUGGUCGCCAUCCCAUAGGCGUUAUUAUGGCUGCUUUGGAAGAAUAUGCUUCGGUUGCAGGUGAGGAGGUCGGAAAGUUUCACUUUAUCAGAUACGAGAGAAGCUCGGAUCCUGAUGUUGUCUCGGAGAGUUCGGUGAGCUAUGUGUCUGCUGUAGCGGUGGUUUAAUAUAAGUAAUCGGCGCUUGGAAUGAUGAGGAUUA